GACCUAGUGGGUAACAGGUACACUCGGAGGUCCUGUCAUCUUAUCCUAUCGAAUAGACUGGAAACUCAAGAAAGACACGGCAUCCUCGGCUCACGUUCAAGAUGCCCCGAGUCGUCAAGGGCUCCAUGAGCUUCAAGCCGGCUUUCAAGCCCAAGCCGAAGGCCGCAGCGCCAAAACCUCAACCUCGGCAACCCGCCCCGGCUGUUGCGCCUCCUGGAGAUGCAGCCGGUCGAGAUCAGAAUCAAAAUCAAGAGAGAUCGAGCGAGGCGACGGGCACCAUGAUAGGACCUGACAGGAAUCUACCCACAGGAGACACCAUCGAAGUGGCACGAUCUACGCGAGGAGGAAUGCCUAGCGGGGAUACCAUCGAGGUCGUCAGGCCGUCUGUGCCUCGAUCUAGGAUGGCUAGUCCUCCUCCUUCUCUCCUUACCCCGCCUGCCACCCAGACUCAAAUGCCAACGCAAGUUGAGGACCGGGCUUACAGUCUACCCCCGUUUGUCCCACCACCCGGACGUGUUCCCGUUAUGUUCGAGCGAGACGCUCUGCCUCCGACUCCUGGACCCACUCAGCAAGACUCGCAACCGCAAGCCUCUUCCUCCCGUCCGACUGCUCCUCCCUCUCGCUCGCCUUCUCGAUCGCUCUCCCCGCAACCUCAACCUACUUCUGCCUCUACCUCUCGGACCCCUUUCCAACGCUCGCCGGUCUCACGACACUACUCUGAACCCGAAGAAGAACACACUGUCAUUCCCGUACCCAUCACUAUCAAGGCCAACGAAUUCCCUCACCGUAUGACCGACGAUCAGUUGCUUCCUACGCCAGGGUUCGUCUUGCCUAGUCUAAAACAGGUCGGAGGGGGGCCGAGGCAUGGACCGCCGGUGAAACCUUUGAGUUCGGGAUCGAGUUCGCCCAGAGAGGCGAGGAAGAGCACGAGGACUAGAGGGAGCGGCAAGGGGAAGAGGAGGGAAGGUCCGGGUGAAGGCGAUGCGGAGGAGGAAGAGCGGAGUAUGGAUGAUGAAGGGGAAGAUUCGGACGAUAGCGAAGACGCUUAUGACCCUCAAGGGGAAGCGGGGAGGAAAAAGAGGCGAGCUGUCAAGCGGAAAGAGCGGGCUAGGAGCGGGCGAGACGGAUCGCAGGAGGAGGGAGUCGAGGAAGAUCGAGAGGGUACGGGUGCGGUUGUGGGCGUAGGGAAGAAGAGGAAACGGACGAAGAAGACGGAUAUGCAAGCGCUUGAUCCUAGUCUUGUUGCGGCUGGACAACAGGGUGGCGAUAGCGGGACGGACGAUGGCACCGAGGACGAUGAUGAAGACGACGAUGAGGAGACGGGAGACAACAGCAGCAAUGGCAACAAGAAGAAGACCAAACGCGGAAAGAAGGCACGUAAAGCCAAGCGUCUCCGUGUCAACAUCCGCGACGACUUGGACGAAGAGCAGUUGGCCACGCUUCAACCGGGUCAAGCGAUCGGAGACGAGAUUGACGAGGAGACGAUGACCAUGGCGGAUCUCGCUGCUGGUCCUGGACAGGGGAGGAUUUCGGGCAAGGCGAUCAAGAUUCAACAGGGCAGAGAAGAGAUUCAGAGGAGAAAGGAGGAGGAGCAGGAGAGGAGGAUCAGGUUUAGGGUGGAAAGGGAGACGAGGAUGAGAGGGGUCGGAGGCCAGGCCGCUAAGCAGGCCGCGGCGGCCGAGAACGAGGAUCAAACCGAGGGAGCAGAGGGAGAGCAGGCAGAUGGCGCUCAGGCGGGAGAAGCGGGCGAGGAGGAUCAAGAAGAGGAGGAUAUCGAGGAUUACGACAUGAAUGAAAAGGGUGAUGGGGAUGAGAAUAUGGACGUCGAUGGCAACAACGCUGACGCCAAUGCUGGAGACCUGGAUUUGGAAGAAGACGACGACGACCAAGAAUUCAUCGUCAACCAGCAUGCGAGGGGAUUUCUCCAACUCGAUGAAAACGGCAAUAUGAUCGUCAACACCCAGUUGAACAGGCAGCAGAUCUUGAACGAGUCGAUGAACGAGGGCAACGUCUUUGAAGACAAUGACGAUCUCAAGUUUACCAACUCGAUGAGUCAUUCGAAGCGGGCGAGCGUGAUCAGGUGGACGAAGCCGAUGAACAACAAGUUGAUGACCCUCUUGCGACAACAUGGUCCGGUUUACGAGACGAUAGCCAAGAUCAUGGCACUCACAUACCCGGCCAUGGAGCGGACCCACGUGGCCAACCACAUGAGGACGUUGAAUGCCAAGGAUCCCGAAUUGUUGACGUGGGCUUUGUCCAAGGAGAACAAGCUGGAGAUCGACAUGAACGAGCUCAAACAAGUCUACCCUGGGAUCGACUUUGAAGCCCCCUUGCCGGACAUCACGAUGUAUUUCAACCCGAACAUCGACCCGAGCGAGAUCCGGGCGAUGAAGCGUAAACAGGCCGCCUCGAACAAGCCGAUGACGGAGCAGGACAAGAAGAAGCAGGCGAGACGGGCGGCGUUGAGCAAGAAGAAGCAGGAAAAGAUGAGGCAGAUGGCCAUGAUGGGUACGGUCGAGGAGGGAGAAGAGGUCGGGGACGAAGAGUUGGCGGCGAUGAGACGGCAGCCGGGGUUGCCUUUGUGAGGCGGCUGGUUGACCUGGUCGGAAGUAUAGAUGUAUUAUUGUGGGCAUUAGUGAGCAGAAAAACGAAAAACGCAAAGAACGUUUUGGUUGUAUGGCUAGAUUACACCCCUAGAAUGCCUAGAACCGGCAUCUAUCAUCGUAUUCGGGUUGAAUUCCUCAAAGUGGUAAUUUCGACCGGACGACGUCAUUUCGAC